ACGGAAGCGGUGUGAACACGCGGGGUUAUUGUUGUUGCUGCUGCUGCUGCCGGGCGCGCGUUAUUUGUGUGGCCGUGGAGGGAGGCCUCGUGAAGGACGCUUGCCACUGGGGCAGUCUGGAGGCCAGUCGCCCUCCAACAACAACAACAAUAAACAACAACAACAGCAGCAGCAACAUCAGGGGCAGAGGAGCGAGGCCCACAACGAACGAGCGGGAGCCCUGGGCGGAUUUAAAACGCAGCAAGUUGGCACGGUGAGGGUUGCCAUCGGCGGGUCAUCUCGGGCUCUGCUUUACGAAGUGGUCAUUAAGAAGGCAGCAGGAGCUGGACGAUGGACAAGAGCAGACGCACCGCUGCUCUUGCGGCGAUGCUGCCGCUGUUGAUGGCCACAUGGGUCUUCCCUCGGCCCGUCCUCUCGGUUUCACCGCCCAACGUGGUUAUUAUGUUCGCCGAUGACUUGGGAUUCGGAGACCUGGGAUGCUACGGGCACCCCAGCUCCCUCACGCCCAACCUGGACCGCCUGGCAACGCUGGGGCUUCGCUUCACAGACUUCUACAGCUCGGCUGCCGUCUGUAGUCCGUCCAGGGCAGGCCUGCUUACUGGUCGCUACGCCACGAGAUCGGGCGUCUUCCCGGGGGUGUUCUACCCUGGCUCUGUGGGAGGGCUGCCCCUCAACGAGACCACCAUAGCCAAGAUGCUCAAGCUGCAGGGCUAUGCCACUGGCAUGGUGGGCAAGUGGCACCUGGGCCUGGGUGCCAACGGCACGUACCUGCCCACCCGUCAUGGCUUUGACGAGUUCCUGGGCGUCCCCUACUCGCACGACCAGGGUCCUUGCCAGAACCUGACGUGCUUCCCUCCAGACGUGCCAUGCUACGGCCGGUGCGAUCAAGGCUCUGUCCUCCUGCCGCUGUUCGAGGGCGAGCGGAUUUUGCGCCAGCCCGUGGAUUUCACGACACUUGUGCCCGAUUAUAUCACUUGGGCAGAGAAAUUCAUUCACAAGCAGGCCGCAGAUGGAAAGCCCUUCUUCCUCUACUAUGCCUCCCACCACACACACUACCCGCAGUUUUCCAGCAAGAACUUUGCCAGGAGGAGUGAGCGAGGUCCAUUUGGAGAUGCCUUGUUGGAGUUUGAUCACUCGGUGGGAAUGCUUCUGAAGGCCCUGGAGCAGGCCGGAGUGGAAGACAACACCUUGUUAUUGUUCACCAGCGACAACGGUCCGGAGCUCAAGCGCAUGAACCGAGGAGGGAAUGCUGGGCCACUCAAGUGCGGGAAGGCCACAACGUACGAGGGAGGUUUGCGGGUUCCAGCCAUUGCAUACUGGCCGGGCAAGAUCACUCCGGGCGUGACUCACGAACUGGCCAGCACGCUGGACCUGCUUCCCACCAUCGCUGCGGUCACGGGCGCCAAGCUGCCAGCCGUCCCACUGGACGGCUACGACAUCGGGCCCCUCCUCUUCAACGGCGCCAAGAGCCCUCGGAAGUCGAUGUUCUACUUCACAUCGUCACCGACCAGUGAUCAGGGGGUGUUUGCAGUCCGACACAACUAUUACAAAGCCCACUAUUUCACAGAAGGAGCGGGUGCCAGUGCUCUUACCCCGGAUCACGACUGCGGGAUUGCCGCUGGGUGCAAGAAACACAGUCCGCCGCUUCUCUUUCACCUGGGCUGGGACGUGUCUGAACGCGUCGAGCUGAACACCAGCCUCCCCGACCUGAAGCCUGUGGCGGAGGACAUAGACCGUCUGCGCGACAAGUUCCAGCUCGACAUGACGUGGGGGCCGAGCCAGAUGGAUCGCGGAAUAGACCCUAAGCUAGAGCCCUGCUGCAACCCACAGUGCAGCCCCAAGCCCACGUGCUGCCAGUGCGUGUGACGGGAGAGAUCAGCCCCUCUUGUAACAGGGUUGGCUCGCCGAUUUUAGACGACGGACUCUUGCGUGCAAUGUGGCGGACAUUGACGGCGUCGUUGAGUUGGUACGUUCCGUCUGUUCGUCUUUCCCGUCCGUUCGUCCUGCGUUGUUACUGAGCCACUAGGCCAAAUUGAGCUUCAUCGACACUCGGCAAUAACCGCGCCUUGCGUCACAACACAAAUAACACCCCAAUAGGGUGGAUACAAAAUUUUGCUUUUGAUUAAUUUUUCUAUUUUUCAUUCAUAUUAUUUUCUUUACAGCCCUUUUGUCUAUCCACUGUUGGAUGAAAGCACCUCCUAUCCUGUUAAGAAUUGCGCUUGUUUGACCAGUGCGGCUUUGGCGAAGGGGGGGCUCAGGAAUGGUAUAUCACGCCGCACUGUUAUCCGUGACUGGGAAUCGAACUCCGUGAAAUUUGCUCAGGGCACAGUUCGCUAACCGCUGACACCAUUCCCUCCCCCGUGAUUUUAUACAAAUGUGAAAGUGGUGGUUCAAAUCUCAAGAACGAGUCUUCACGGAAGAGGUUUUCUUCUUACUGCUGGUGAUUCUAUUAAGAAGCCUCUACUUUGCUGUACAGGACUAUUGGAAUGAUUCAGGUUAUUUUUUUCACUUUAUAUAAUGAGCAUGGUAUUUUAAAUCUAAAACUCCACAUAAGCUAUCAAAACUCCAUAAGCCAAGUGAUACUGUGAAACAAUAACAUUUAGAUUUUCAAUCAUUUUUUUGUUUAAUAUUGCUUGGCAAUAAAAAAAAAACAUGCUGGGAUUGUUUUGUUAAACAUUGGUUCAUUUCAUCAAUAAAAAUCU